AUGGACUGGUCAAAAACAAGUUUGUUUAAUGGUGUUGCCAUCGUCGUACUUCUAGGAAUCCUUCAGGGAUGUGUCCUAGAAUCGCCUGCUCAAACCAUUGUUACUUUGAUUCUGGGUGGUCACACACGCAAACUGAAGAAAAAUGCGGAUUUUGAACACCUCACUCUUGUUCUAAAUUACAAUCUCCUCGCCACCAAUCGCGAAGAGAUCGAGGAAUGUAUGCAGAUGAUGUAUACAGCUUAUAUGGGUAACCUCGCUCCAAAUGUUUCUGCUGUUCUUGUCAGCGCGACUGGGGACGAGGAACUAAAAGACUACGAACUCUUUAUGCGUGACGUUUACCGGGUCAUGAUCUUUGAUGAACUUUACACGGAAGGAUUAGCAUAUGCUCGUGAAGAUUAUCUCCAUGUCGAUAAAUAUAGAUUUUUGUAUAUGUGGCGUCACUUCCGGCACAUAGAUUCUGUGUUCUUCAUCCGGAAGUAUCUAUACGAGGUUUGUGAUAGAUAUAGUAAAGAGUUUAUGCUCGUUCAUCGUGUAAGUCGGGUUUUACGGAAGUGUGGUCAAUACCAAGAUCUGAUGCUUUUGUCGGCAGGCAUGGAUCGGUCUAUUACGUAUUGUGAUCCUGCGUUUUACGGAAAUUGUGCGAGGGAACUCGGAAAACCUCUAUUUCACGAUUCUGCGGACGUUAGACGUAUCUAUGGGCGGAAGUUUGACUAUACUCUUGUGUUGGAUGGGGACACGGGAGUUCCUACUGGAACUGUUUACGAUUUGAUGAGAAUCGCCGCAGCAUACCCUGAUAAAGGCAUUAUCCAGCCCGCCAUUACACUCAUAUGUAACCGGUGUGAUACUAUGUUCAUGCAUUUAGAAUCCAUGCGACAGUCGAUUUCAGAGCCAAUCAUAAAUGCAUUGACAGAUCUAUUUGGCCAAUCGUCAUACUACGGAAAAGCCUUGAUUAAAAACGAAAUAUACAUUGAGAAAAUUUUGUACUGCGACGGAAAGCUGAUUGAAAGUGUUCCUAUCGACGUUCUUAGCCACGAUACCUUCGAGGCCUCCUUACUUCAUCCGCUAUACGCAGGUUCCGUUUCCCUACAGGAGGCUCCUUCUUACAACUAUGUCACGUGGGAUAUUCGGGAACGCCGAUGGAACCGUGGAGAGAUUCUCAACGCAAUGUACUUCUGGGAUAACUUGUUUGGAAAACCAAUGCGGCUGUUACAAAAAGUCGUCAGAAGAAAAAAGUUCACGGCUACAAAAUUACGGACACGUUCUGAUACAGACUUCAUCAGCUCAUACAUGUGUCAUCUUGCGCUGAGGCAAAUGUUUUUUACAGGUAUAACGUCACUGCCGGCCGGGUAUGCUGCAAAGUAUCGAGGCACGGUAGGUGUUGAAUCUGAUUCAACUCCUUCUGCCAAAUAUGACAAAGGCUUUGUUAUCCCCCCUCCUUCAAGCAGAUUACACACUCGCGAGAGGGCGCGACCGUUUGUCGCAUGGACAGUGCCACUCUCGUACGAUCUCAGCAUUGUUUAG